GACUCAGGCGCAUGCGCGCGGGGCUUGCGACGAGGCUGCUGUGUCGCUUGUGGCGGCAGCUGCCGUGGCUGUGGGGACCGAGGCGGUGGAAGUGCCCUCUUCAGCUAGGUUGGCUCAGGCUUCGGCUCAUGGCAUCGAGCGGCAUCCAUCGUAAGAUCAUUAACUGAAGACAAAGUAAAUAGCUAUGCAAAAUUCUCACAUGGAUGAGUACAGAAAUUCUAGUAAUGGCAGCACAGGCACCGAUUCAGAGGUAGUGGUAGAACAUCCUCCUGAUUUCAGUACUGAGAUUAUGAAUGUUACAGAAAUGGAACAGUCACCUGAUGACUCUCCCAAUGUCAAUGCAUCUGCAGAAGAAAGUGAAAUGGCAAAUGCUGUGGACCUUCCAGUGACAGAAACAGAAGCAAAUUUUCCUCCAGAAUAUGAAAAAUUUUGGAAAACUGUAGAAAAUAAUCCUCAGGAUUUUACAGGCUGGGUGUAUUUACUUCAGUAUGUAGAACAGGAGAAUCACUUGAUGGCUGCCAGGAAGGCUUUUGACAAAUUUUUUGUACACUAUCCGUAUUGCUAUGGUUACUGGAAAAAGUAUGCAGAUCUUGAAAAGCGGCAUGACAACAUUAAACAAUCAGAUGAGGUUUAUCGGCGGGGGCUUCAGGCAAUACCUCUUAGUGUUGACCUUUGGAUACAUUACAUAAACUUCUUAAAGGAAACAUUGGACCCUAGUGAUCCUGAGACAAACAGUACAAUAAGAGGAACUUUUGAGCAUGCUGUUCUAGCUGCAGGAACAGAUUUUCGAUCUGACAGAUUGUGGGAAAUGUAUAUUAACUGGGAAAAUGAACAGGGAAACCUCAGAGAAGUUACAUCUGUAUACGAUCGUAUUCUUGGGAUUCCAACACAGCUGUAUAGUCAUCAUUUUCAGAGAUUUAAAGAACAUGUACAGAAUAACUUGCCUAGAGAUCUUUUAACUGGUGAACAGUUUAUUCAGCUGCGAAGGGAAUUAGCUUCUGUGAAUGGACAUAGUGGUGAUGAUGGUCCUCCUGGUGAUGAUCUCCCCUCAGGAAUUGAGGACAUAACGGAUCCAGCAAAGCUAAUUACAGAAAUAGAAAACAUGAGACAUAGAAUCAUUGAGAUUCAUCAAGAAAUGUUUAAUUAUAAUGAGCAUGAAGUUAGUAAAAGGUGGACAUUUGAAGAAGCUAUUAAAAGACCUUAUUUUCAUGUGAAACCAUUGGAAAAGGCACAGCUAAAAAACUGGAAAGAAUACUUAGAAUUUGAAAUCGAAAAUGGGACUCAUGAACGAGUUGUGGUUCUCUUUGAAAGAUGUGUCAUAUCAUGUGCCCUCUAUGAGGAGUUUUGGAUAAAGUAUGCCAAGUACAUGGAAAACCACAGCAUUGAAGGAGUGAGGCAUGUGUUCAGCAGAGCGUGUACUAUUCAUCUCCCAAAGAAACCCAUGGUGCAUAUGCUUUGGGCAGCUUUUGAGGAACAGCAGGGUAAUAUAAACGAAGCCAGGAAUAUCUUGAGAACAUUUGAAGAAUGUGUUCUAGGAUUGGCAAUGGUUCGUUUGCGAAGAGUAAGCUUAGAACGUCGGCAUGGAAAUAUGGAAGAAGCUGAACAUUUGCUCCAGGAUGCCAUUAAGAAUGCCAAAUCAAAUCAUGAGUCUUCGUUCUAUGCUGUCAAACUAGCCCGGCAUCUUUUCAAAAUACAAAAAAAUCUUCCAAAGUCAAGAAAGGUGCUUUUGGAAGCAAUUGAACGAGACAAAGAGAACACAAAGUUAUACCUCAAUUUACUUGAAAUGGAAUAUAGUGGUGACCUCAAACAAAAUGAAGAAAAUAUCCUAAAUUGUUUUGACAAAGCUGUACAUGGUUCAUUACCUAUUAAAAUGAGAAUAACAUUUUCUCAGAGAAAAGUGGAAUUUCUUGAAGAUUUUGGUUCAGAUGUUAAUAAGCUUCUGAAUGCUUAUGAUGAACAUCAAACACUCUUAAAAGAACAGGAUUCUUUAAAAAGGAAAGCAGAAAAUGGAUCAGAAGAACCAGAAGAAAAGAAAGCACACACAGAAGAUACAACUUCAGCAUCAACACAGAUGAUUGAUGGUGAUUUACAGGCCAAUCAAGCUGUAUAUAAUUACAGUGCCUGGUAUCAAUACAAUUACCAGAAUCCUUGGAAUUAUGGACAGUAUUAUCCUCCCCCUCCAACCUGAUGGGAAAAUGAAUAUUUCAUAUGGAAUAUAUGAAAUUAUUUUUUUUAAUGAGGGAUGUAAACAUAGCAUAACCUUGUUGUAUUUGAUAACUUGUCUUCCCUGUUUCUGUGUAACAUGAUUUGUUUAGUAAUAGGGGAAAAUGCAAGUAUUAGUUUACCACAGAUACUAUUUCCUACCAUUUAUAAAAUUUACUUUUUAUUGGAGAACUAUUUUUUUGAUUUUUCAUUACGUGGUCUAGAAUUCUUUUGCAAUGCAUUUGCAAGAGUUUUGUAGCCUUAAGGGUAGGAAAAAAAAAAAAAAACCUGACUGCAAAUCAUGUCAGUGUAGUACAAGAUUUUGAAAACACAUAAGGGCUGGUUAUUAAGGAUUUUACUUCACGUGGAAAAAAGAAAAAAAAAGAAAAAAAUGGAUUUGUAACCUUUGCUGACGAGGUUUUUGUCUGUGUUUCAGUUAUACUUGUGAAUUGUGAUCUAACUACAGAAAAGAUACACUAUUAAAAUACUAUGCUUUGGAAUAGAGAUUAUAUAAAUGAGAAAAUGGAAUGUUUGCAUCCCUUUAAAAAAUGAAAAUCAUAUCAAAAAUAUGUUGUUCCAGGAGACUUUGUAUUUAGAAUAUUCAUGUAAAACUUGUGAGCAAGCUUUCAUUUUGAUCAAACUGAUCAUCUUCAUUUUUGUAAUAAAAUUGAAGACUCAUCCAGUAA